CUGGCGCUGGGCGGCUUUGAUUCAGGUGAUCAAAAUCAAAUUUAACCACGUGACUCGUGAUACGAUGUUGAGUGACAGCCGGGUAUAUAACAGUUGUUUUUAAGACGAUGGACUUCAUUUGGCAUUUUCGGUCGAGUUGGAUUGUAUCUGGAUUACACACUUCAGGGUGAAAGGCUUCAAGCCCAUAACAGCAAGUGGAGCAGGAGGAGAGUUCCACUCAUGUGACAGUACCGACGAAUGCAGUGUCGUCGUGCCGGACGCAUUGGGUGUCAUUGUGAGGUUAGCAGGCGAAAGGAUCGCCAGGGGGAUAUUCAGAUUCAAGAAAGUGGCCGCGUGAAGAGAAGAUAUCAAGUCAUACCAGGCAUGUCGCACUACUACACUUCAGACGACUACUACAGUCCAAGCAAGCAUGUUUUGCCUGGUUCCUCGGGUGCGUUAUAUCUUCCGACAAGCUUUGGGAAGAACUCGUACCCUUCGAAGUACUCCGUGGACACGCCGACGAAUAGAUGCGUCAAGAGUCCGUCACUGGGUGCCAAACAUAGCCACUGCACGUCACAUCGAUACGAGAAGCCCAGGUCUAACCUAACUGGCAAGUUUUCCAGCAUGAGCCUUUCACCCGCCAUGGGUCACCGACCAAAUAUUUCAACAGAACGCCUGUUGGAGCAGAACACGUCUCUGGUCCCUCUUGGUACGAGUCGCACACAGAACUUGGCGUCCAGACGCCAAGUUGACCUCAACCGGUCACCAGGAACUCCUCGGCGAUCGACGCGAAACAUAAAAUCCGAAUCAGAUUCCAUCGGGAAACACAACAAGAUGACCUUUGAUAUGAAUAAUGAAGCCCCUAACUUUGAUCUACAACCGAAAUCCCCGACGUUAAGGCGGUCAACAAAAUAUAAAGGCGAGACUGAGACACAUUCAACUUCACCGGGGGUUGGCCGGCGGCGAAAGAAACAGGUGGUCACCUUCAAUAUGUUCACUGAUGAAAUGGCUCCUCCUGAGAAUGGAGUCGGGUAUGAGGAUGACGAUAGUGGAGAUGAGAUGAAGGAAGGAGUGUCUUCUAGUGAUGCUUCUCGAUGGAUUGGAUGCGGGCAAAUCUCCAGUCCAUGUGUCCUGACUGCUGAUCGUGGCUACCUUAUCUGGAACCGACCAAAGGGAACGCUUGAGGUGAUCUUCAGUUACGGCGAGAGGGGCGAAGAUUUCAGCUGUUUCAUGGAUCCACAAUUCAAGGGUGUAAAGGUUUUGCGUGACCGCCAGAAUGGUAAAUAUGAAGAAAUCAUUGACGGGAUGGAGAACCCGAAAGCGAGCAGGAAUCGCCACCAUAGACACAGUGCCUGCAGGAACAGGCCCGAGAAUAACUUUGAGUUCAACUCCAAGAAUGGCCAGGUCCGAUUCAUUCUUGAGGCUUUGGAACCAAACGCGCGGAGCAAGAUCCCCGUUUUCAAGAUUAAUUACACUUUGAUUCUGUAAGUGAUGCUAAAAUCAAGAUGUUGAGAGAAGGACGAAGUGUGGCUGACUGGUUUCAAUAUCGAGGAUGCGUCGUUUCUACAAGGGUAGUUGUGAAAAGUGUAACCACAUUUUGGGUGAAAAUAACCGUCGCACAACGUUUCAGCGGCAAAUAUACGACCAUGUAACAGGUGGAACAAGUUGAGCAGUAGAAAGUGGACUAGAAAGUGGACUAUAGGAUUUUCAGUUGCUCCAUUACAACUUGUAACAUUCUCAUAAACGUUAAAACAUGUAUGAUCUCGAGUUAAGAUUUUGUGAUAUUUGUUGUUAAUGAUUAUAGAACUUUCGACUUAGGUUUUAAAAGCAUCAAUUGUAAAUAUGAGAUGUACACAUAUUACCAGUUGAACCCUACAGGCAUGUCAAAAAGUUCAAUGUUGACAUAUAAGUUACGUAAAUACGUAGUUCCAAGCUAGAUCCCUAAGUUCAUUAAUGAGUAGAUUCAUGCUGCGUCAAAUUUAACAACGGCAUCCGAAACGCCUACCGUGGCGGAAGGAUGGAAGAGCUCUCAAGACGACAUAUUUUCCCGGCGAAGUCCUAGCAUGUAUAGCUGUUUUUUCCUAUAGCGUUUUGCAUUGCUCAGUCUCACUUCUGUCAUCUGCCAGUGUGUCGGCCCAGCAGGGUUCCGUCGGGAAGCGAAAAUAUUCGCCAACCUUAGCAGCAGUCGCUCACCACCUCACUUGCAUUGGAUUGUAGUUGAAUGUCAGGUAUCUUGAGAGAGGUAAACAACAGCAUCUGCUAACAUUUCGAACUAUUUCGAAGGUAAAGAAGCUGUUUUACAUUGAUUAGAAUAACAACAAACCCUCUGAGCAAAUCAGUUGUGUUAUGAUGAGUAAAUGUUGUGGUUUGAAAACUUCAUUAUUGGAGCUCUUCUUAUUUGAAUACUUUUUCGGUCGAUAAACAAAACAGUCAUAUAGCUGUACUUUGUAUCAGUAAUGAUUUCAAACCUUGCAUAUGUUGACCGAUUUAUAGAAUAUAGAAUAGAAUGUAGAACUAUUCUAUAAGCAAUUUUAUUAC